GCAAGUCAGUUUCACUUCUGCUGUGUAAACGUGGCUUUCCGAUUGUGGCCAAAAGGGCUACGUACCCCAGCUGGUUCCAAAUACCUGAACCAAGGAGAAGCUGCCACCAUCUCCUCUGUGGACUCCUGUAACCAAAGCAGAACUUUUUUUUUUUUUUUUUCUGUUCAGUGACAUCUGCCUGGUUCUCCUAAGCUGAGAAGAGCAGGAGUUCACGUAACAAGGAAUGGCAGAAACGAAGGAUGUUUUUGGCCAGGAACCACAUCCAGUUGAAGAUGAUUUAUAUAAAGAGCCAACGAGAAAAAGAAGGAAAUCAGAUCGAGACCAGCGGUUCCGAGCAUUUCCCUCCAUGGAGCAGAGUGCUCUUAAGGAAUAUGAAAAAUUGGAAUCACGGACCAGAAGGGUUUUGAGCAACACUUAUCAGAAACUUAUUCAGUCUGUCUUCCUGGAUGACAGCAUCCCUAAUGGAGUCAAGUAUCUCAUAAAUAGGCUUCUUGCCUUGAUUGAAAAGCCGACAGUGGACCCAAUCUACAUUGGAUUAUUUGGAAGCACCGGGGCUGGGAAGAGCUCCCUGAUCAAUGCCAUCAUCCAGCAAGCAAUGUUUCUACCAGUGUCUGGAGAAAGCAUAUGUACUUCCUGCAUUGUACAAGUGAGCUCUGGCUGCUGUGCGCAGUAUGAGGCCAAAAUCCACCUUCUGUCUGAACAGGAGUGGAGGGAGGAGCUGAAGAACCUGACUAAACUCCUGCACAGGACGGAGGAGCUGGGCAGAGAAGAGGCAGAUGCGUGGAACAGGGAUGAGGCAGUGGAGGAAGCCACCUGGAAGCUACAAAUGAUUUAUGGAAAUGGGGCAGAGAGUAAGAACUAUGAGGAGUUACUGAGGGCGAAGCCCAAAAGGAAGAUCCCCACCUCCAGAGUCAUCACCCUCAAGGCGGAAGAGGCAGAAGAGCUGUCCCUCAAGCUGGACCCCUACAUCCGCACACAGAGGAGAGAUUGGGAUGGAGAGGCUGCUGAGAUGCACAUCUGGCCCUUGAUCAAACAUGUGGAAGUGACACUUCCCAAAUCCGACCUGAUCCCAGAAGGGGUCGUGCUGGUGGACAUCCCAGGCACAGGCGACUUCAACAGCAAGAGGGACGAGAUGUGGAAAAAGACCAUUGACAAGUGCUCAGUGAUCUGGGUGAUCAGCGACAUAGAGCGAGUUUCUGGGGGGCGAGCCCAUGAAGACCUUCUGAAUGAGAGCAUCAAAGCCUGCCAGCGGGGCUUCUGUAGGGAAGUGGCCCUGGUGGUCACCAAGACGGACAAACUCCACUUGCCAGAAUACCUAAGGGAAGGAAAGGCGGGAAAUCAAGCUAUUCAGAGUCAGCGAGAGGCUGUUUUAGAAAGAAAUGAAAUGACAAAACUACAAAGGACUAGAAUUCUCAAGGAAAAACUGAAGAGAAAACUGCCAGCUGACUUCAAGGUUCUGGAAGCCUCAGAUCUGGUGUAUACAGUCAGCGCCCAGGAGUACUGGCAGCAGGCUCUCCUCACCGAGGAGGAAACGGAAAUCCCUAAGUUAAGAGAAUACAUCAGGAAGAGGCUCUUGGACAAGAAGAGGAGGACGGUGACCAAGUAUGUGACUGAAGCCUUUGGCCUGUUGCUCCUCACAGAUAGUUUCAACUCCACGCAAAACCUGCCGAAUGAACACUUGCACAUGAGUGUCCUGCGGAGAUUUGCGGAAGAGAAGGUUGAGCUGCUGGAGAAGGCCAUCGCACAGUGCUUCGCCUGCAUGGAGCAGCCUCUGCAAGAAGGGGUCAGGACCGCCAGGACUUCUUACCGCUGCAUCCUCAGGGCAUGCUUGGUGAGGAGUAAAGGAAACCAAGGUUUUCAUCAGACCCUGAAAGCCGUUUGCCUGAAAAAUGGCAUCUACGCCUCCAGGACUCUGGCGAGAAUUGAUCUAAAUGAAGCCCUCACUCAACCCAUCUAUGACCAGAUCGACCCUGUUUUUGGAAGCAUUUUUAGGACGGGGAAGCCCACUAGUUCAGCUCUGAUGCCGCACAUCGAUGCUUUUAAGCACUACCUGCAGGAGAAAAUGACAGAAAUUGGGAUAAGAAGUGGCUGGAAAUAUGAUAGCUGCAAAAAAAAUUUCCUGAUCCAGGAGAUAAGUGCCAUCCUCGGGGGCCUGGAGGACCACAUCCUCAGAAGGAAGAGGAGGAUCUACGAGUCCCUCACCGCCUCUGUCCAGAGUGACCUGAAGCUCUGUUAUGAAGAGGCAGCUCAGAUCACGGGCAAAAAAGCGUGUGAGCGGAUGAAAGAUGCCAUCAGAAGAGGAGUGGACCGGCAGGUGGCUGAGGGCAUGUUUGAAAGGGCCCAGGAAAGGAUGCAGCACCAGUUUCAGCAGCUGAAGACUGGGAUCGUGGAGAAGGUGAAGAGCAGCAUCGCCACCAUGCUGGCCCUUGCUUCAUCCCAGGGAGAUGGCCUCCACAAGGAGCUUGCAGAUGUCGGGAGUGAAUACAAGGAGAUGGAGAAGCUUCACAGAAGCCUGAGGGAGGUCGCAGAGAAUGCACGGCUGAGGAAGGGCAUGCAAGAAUUCCUCCUAAGGGCAUCCCCCAGCAAGGCUGGCCCCCCGGGACAUCACUGGAACUCCUGGGGCUUAGUCCCGAUGGAUGAACAAUAAGCCCAGAGCCAGAGAAUUAGAAUUACUUUUUUCGUUCUUGAGAGACAGGGUCUACCUCUGUUGCCUAGGCUGGAGUGCAGUGGCACCAUCACAGCUAACUGCAGCCUCGAACUCCUAGGCUCAAGCGAUCCUCCAGCCUCAGCCUCCAGAGCAGCUGGGGCUACAGGUACAGACCACCACACCUGAGUAAUUUUUUUUUUUUUUUUUUUUGAGACAGAGUCUCGCCUGUCACUUAGGCUGGAAUGCAGUGGUGCGAUCUCGGCUCACUGCAACCUCCACCUCCUGGGUUCAAGAAAUUCUCUGCCUCAGCCUCCCAAGUAGCCGGGAUUAUAGGUGCCUGCCACCACACCCGGCUAAUUUUUGUAUUUUUAGUAGAGACAGGGUUUCACCAUCUUGGCCAGGCUGGUCUUGAACUCCUGACCUUGUGAUCCACCCACCUCUGCUUCCCAAAGUGCUGGGAUUACAGGCAUGAGCCACUGUGCCCGACCCACACCUGGGUAAUUUUUUAAUUUUUUGUGGAGAUGGCGUCUUGCUCUGUUGCCCAGGCCGGUCUCAAACUCCUGGCCUCAAGUGAUUCUCCCACCUCAGUCUCUUGUGCUAGGAUUGCAGGCAUGAGCCAUUGUGCCUGGCUCAGAAUUUUUUCUGUUUUGUGAAAUCUAAUAGAGGACAUCUCUCAACUAUUUGGACUUUGUAUGCAAUAUAAAACUAGUAUGUUUACUGCAUUUUAUUUUAUAGCCCCAAAAGAGUCAUCUUCAAUACCUAAUGGAGUUCUAAAGCUUUAGGACAAGAAACUUUUGCUUCCGCAAAAAUAUCUAAACAUCGCUGGGCAUGGUGGCUCAAUCCCGUAAUCCCAGCACUUUGGGAGGCCCAGGCGGGCGGAUCAUGAGGUCAGGAGAUUGAGACCAUCCUGGCUAACACAGUGAAACCCCAUCUCUACUAAAAUUACAAAAAAUUAGCCGGGCGUGGUAGCAUGUGCCUGUAGUCCCAGCUACUUGGGAGGCUGAGGCAGGAGAAUCGCUUGAACCCAGGAGGCAGAGGUUGCAGUGAGCCAAGGUCCACCACUGCACUCCAGCCUGGAUGACAGAGUGAGACUAAGUCUCAAAAAAAAAAAAAAAAUAUAUAUAUAUAUAUAUAUAUAUAUACACACACAUACAUAAAAAAACUUAAACAUCAUAGAAGAAACAUUGCAAGAUAUAAAACAAGCCAUAAAAAGAAAUUCAUCCUUCAAUGAAGAAAAUAUCUAAACAUUGAAAAACUUAAGUAUUAUGGAAAACAUUGCAAGAUAAAGCUUUUAGGAAUCCAAUUCUGUUUUUCAUUUUAAUACUAAUGAGACUUUAGGUAAGGAGGCAACACUGUAUCCUGGAAACAAAAUGGGUUUGGGAGCCAGAUGAACAUAGACCAGGCUUCACCACUUCUCAGAUGUGUUAUCUAAGACCAGUACUUCCUAAACAUUUUGAUCUCAGGACUCUUCACUAUUAAAGGACCCUGAGGGGCAUUUGUUUAUGUGGGUUAUGUCUGUUGAUACUGACUAUUCAAAAUUAAAUAGGAGAAAAUGUAAGUAAUUAUUUACUAACUUUUUUAGAAGUAACAACAAUAAACCCAUUACGUGUUAACAAAAAUAACACAUUGUUAUGUAAAAAGCUAUUUUCAAAACAAAAUGUACUGAGAAGAGUAACAUUGUUUUACACUUUGGCAAAUCUCUUUAUUCCCUGGCUUAAUAGAACACAGCUGGAUUCCCAUAUCAGUUUCUUCAUUCACUCUGUUGCAGUAUGUCGUUUUGGUUGAGGUAUAUGAAAAAAAUUCAGUCUCACACAGAAAUACAGUUGGAAUACAAGGAAGUAUUUUAAUAGCUUUUUCAGGUAAUUUUGGGAUAUAUUUUGAUUCUACAAAGGCAGAUGGCAGUUUCUUAAAAGUUAAUUGUGGUGUGGAAUCUGAAAGCAUUAUCAGUGAACAUUUUUCAAAUGCUAUUACAUUAAAGUGC